AUGACUGUGGUAGCUGAUGCACUAAGUCGAAAGGAACGGACGAAACCACUUCGAGUUAAAGCAAUGGGUAUGACCAUUCAUACUAAUCUAACCUCUCAUAUUCGUGAAGCUCAACUCGAAGCACUGAAAGAAGAAAACCUCAAGAAUGAAUCCUUAAGAAAUAUGGAAAAACUAUUCGAGGUUAAGGCUGAUGGAGUCCGAUAUUUCUCAGACCGAAUUUGGCUACCCAAUUAUGGAAAUCUGAGAGAAUUAGUGAUGGAUGAAUCUCACAAGUCAAGAUAUUCGAUACAUCCAGGAGCUGAUAAGAUGUAUCAUGGUAUUAAAGACUUGUACUGGUGGCCCAACAUGAAGGCCGACAUAGCUACAUAUGUUGGAAAAUGUCUGACAUGCUCGAAGGUGAAAGCUGAGUAUCAAAAACCAUCUGGGUUAUUACAGCAGCCAGAAAUACCCUAA